GUCACCUGCGUAUUCCCCGAGUCUGGUUCUGCGGUAUAGCUACCUCUACCGAGCAUACAUUUCCUGGUCUCCAUUCCACCACAAAUAAUCACGAAUCAUCCACCUCUUAUCCUCGUCAUUUCCCGAGUCACUUCACCCCCAGACGACACCGUAUCCCAAGAUAGCGGUGCCGCGCAGACUUGCUAGGUCCAAACUCAUCAUAAACCAUCGCAAACCAUCCAACACUUGUCUUCAUCAUCCCCCGAGUCACUCCGCCCUCAGAUCCGACAUACUCCCACAUGACGCCCAAACCAAAAGCAAAACCCUCCUCUUACCCCAAGACCAAAGCCAAGAUCAAAGAUCCUCGCACCCUUCAAGCCACUAUGAAGAAGACACCAACCCCCAAAAGAAAGGCCAUUAGGCACCACGCUUGCCGUCUCAACCCACCAUGCAAGCAAGGCCACGGCGGCCCAGCAAAAACCAUCUUGCCGAUCGGCAAGUAUUUCUUCAGCGAAGAAGCACUGGAGCACGACUUGGGUGCUCUCAAGAAAGGUGCCGUCUACAAGGGCGACAAGGAGUUCUACAAGCGGGUGAAGGCUUGGUAUAAAGCCGAGGUUGAUCGUUGCAUGCAUCGGAAGUUGGUUGAGAGUGAGGCAGAGAAAGAGAAAGAGAAGAAGGAACUCAAAAAGCUCAUGAUCAGACCAAUGGCCGUCACACGUCCAGUGACUACCAAGCGCACACUUGCCGCUGCUGCUGACUCCGACGAUAUCGAUCUGUCUGACGACCGCUCAACCUCCCAGUCCGACGAAAGCCCCUCGGAGUCUGACUACUCGGACUUCGAAGAUGAACAUCUUCGAAAGGUUAUCGCCUUGAGGGCGAGCACCCCUAUCCGUCAAAACCCUCAAAAACUUCAAACACCAUCACCUUCCCCAAACAAGUUAACACCAACACGCGUCCAACCUUCCAGGGCAGCCAAGCGCAAAGCCGAGCCACCGUUGCUACCACUAACACCAAUUCAAACCCCGAGCCCUAAACGCCAGAAGGUCACGUUGAACAUCAAGCGUCCGAACCCGCUACCGAAAGCGGGACAUCCAGGAAAAGAGCCAGCCGAAGAGACCAAAGGCGAUUACAGCCUGUCAAAGCUGGACCUCGAUGAGUUCCAGCCCAGCUACGCUGACCGGGGUGAGUUGGCCGACAGACUAGACGUGGCUUCCUUCAUGAUCAGCGUCGAAAAGGCCGUAGAGACCGCCGUCAGCGAGCUAGUAGCUGCUCGCUUGGGGAACGGGGAUGAUGAGGAGGUGUUUGAACCAGCAGGUGACGCAGUGCCGGGGGAAAACUGGCGGCCACCGGCACUGUCGCGUUCUGCCCUUGCCACUAUUGAGUUGGGGGUGGUCGGAGGGAAGAAGAAGGGUGUGAAGAAAGGGCUUGAACUUCGACUCGCAUCUAGGGAGGGAACACCGGCACCAGAAGCGGAGAUGAAGCUCAGUCCAACACUUGGUCGGUGGCAGCUUGCGGAUAGGAGAGGUAGUGGUUUUUCGGGACUGGCUGGUCCUGGGCGGCCGCGGACUGAACAACUGGUGAAAUUGGAACUGAAAGUCGAUUUGAAAGCAGUGGUAGUGGAUAAGGAGUGUGGUCCUGCGUCGGAAAAUAGAGAUGCAGUGGCCAAAACGCCUGUCGAGGAGUCAAACAAACGAUCGGUGCAAUGUAGUAGCGGCCAUUUCCAAGUUCUCAGCUUCAGCCUAUUAUUUGCCGUUUUUGCUGGAACCGACAAGGAGCAUUGCAAGUCCGAGGGGCAGCGGAAGGGGGAAGGGUAUAGGAUUGGCGGGACUUGCAAUCAUGGCAAUGGAUAAUGUCUGAUUCAUCUGCGUCUUGAUUGCGGCUUCAUCAGGCCGUGAUGGCUUGUUUGAACUUGGGCCGGAUUGGGGAGAAGACCGAUUAUUUGCUGAUGGCCGCCGAGGAGCCGAUCUAGGGUUGUUCGGGGGCGAUCUCUGCUCUGAGGGUCGACGUGGUGCUGGUCUGGUGUGUGGAGUUGUUCUCUGAGCAUGGGAAGCAGAGUUGUUCACUGAUGGUGGUGCUCGUUGCUCUGGUGUUUGCUGAGCUCGUGGAUCAGUCCUCCAGUCCUCUCGGCGCUCCGAUGUUGACUGUUGAUAUUGGCCUCGUCGUCGUCCGUUGUCUCGUGGAUCUGUUCUCCAGUCCUCUCGGCGGUUCGAUAUGGAUUGUUGAUAUUGACUAGAUCGUCGUCCGUUGUUGACGGA